AUGAGCGAGGAUAAGGAUAUAGGAUGGAUGUACCAGGGAGCGAAAGCUCUUGUGAACCGGGAAGACUAUCUGCUUGGAAAAAAGAUCGACAAGAAUUUCGAGAAGUAUUCUGAUGCCGUGAAUGAACAGAAACCAGAGGCUUUGGAUGCGCUUCUACAUACACGAACUGUGGUCAAGGCUCAGCCGUCUGCGGUUAAGACAAGUGUUUUGGAGACUUACGUUGUCGCUACCGAAGACCCUCUCGUUGCCGUCAAGGUAAAAGAAGAGACCCGUCGUCGUGAAGUAAUGGAAAACCCGCUCAUGAAGCUAAAGUUUCAAAAAAUGCUAAAAGAAAUGAUGGAAUUAAAAAGGGACAAGACAGAGAAGAAGAAAAAGAAAAAGAAGAAGAAGGAUUCCGAACAUGGUGACAAGAAGAAGAAAAAAAGGAAGUCACGCGAUUCGACGGAGGGAAGUUUUGUUUCUGGUGCCAAAGUCGCGAAGAAAGCUUCACGUCAACAGAGAAACGACUCCUCCUCUCCAUCUGAUACUGACUCAGACUCUAGAUCUCAUAAUACCAAGAAGCACUCACGCAAGAACAGUGAUGCAAAAAGUCUAAAAGAACAUGAAGACCGUUCCUCUUCACAUCACAAAGAGAGGAGAACUCAUCGACGCAGUUCCAGAUCAAACUCGAGAUCACCUUCCCUCAAUUGUAACGAAAGAGCGCGUAGCACAUCACAUUCUGAAAGCGUCAAACGUCGUAGGGGAAGUUCGUCCUCUUCCAGAGCUGGAAGUGUGGCUAAACAUCGCCGAGAAAGGCAACCUGUUGAAGAUGAAAGAAAUUCGAGGCGGAGAUCUCCUUCUCGCAAUGAAUUUGUUUUAACUAGAGAUCGUAGUCGUAACAGAAAGAAGUCUAGAUCAUCAGAACGGCGGAGGAGCCCGGAGGUUUCUCGUAGAAGACGACGAACCCCUUCACCGACACGUUCCAGACGGAGGUCAUACAGUCGGGACAAGAGACGCGAGAACUCUUCCUCAUCAUCACCUAGGAGAAAAAGAGAAAGGGAUUCUUCAAGAACACGAAAUGAUUUGCCAUCGAGUUCUAGGAAGAAAAAAGGAGCUCGUCGUAGCCACAGUCGUUCGUCAUCAGCAGACGCCAUCAGACGGAGCUCACGGUCUCCACACACAAAACUGAGAGACAAAGCAGACCUCAGUCCGAAACCAUCAACUUCAAGUUCACGUCUAAGGGAUUCGAAAAAUGAAUCGAAAGCUCAUUCAACGCGUACUACGAGAGAAAAGGAAACUUCUAGCGACUCUUCAGAAUCCUCAACUAGUCCAAUGACAGUAAAGACAACCAGCAACCACGUGGAGCAUGCUAGUUCUUCUCGAGAAAAACAUGAAGAAGUGAAGCAGUCUCGGACGUUCGACUCGCACAUUCCAGAACAUCUUAGACCAAAGGAAUCGGAGGCUGAUUCUGAUCAGGAAGAAAUCGAAGAUAGGUAUGACUUCGAGGAUAGGGAGCGCAAGAAACGUUUCGAGGGCUUUGGCCUUGUUGGGGUUAAAAAGAAAUCAGAUGAAGCAGCAAGCGGCGCUGAAAAUCCUUAUGAGCUGUCACGGAAGCCUUCUCUACCAGUGUAUAAGAAACCUGUAAAUCGGCGCCCUUUAACUGAAGAAGAGAAACAGGAAAGGUUACGAGAGAUGGAGCAGAAUGCUGCCUGGAGGCAAGAAACACGUAUCUCCAAUCUGAAGCGAGCUCGACUGGCUGACGAAAAGGAAGCUGAGGAGGAAACUAAUGAGAAAGCUCCUAGUUUUAUCAGGAGUCAACUUAACAGUGCUGCCUCUGAUCUUACCGUCGAGCAACGAUUGCAGAGUAAUAAAAAAUCACUUCAACGUUCGCACGGUGCAGCAAAUUUAUUGGAGAUGUUUGGAGCCAUCGCUUUGUCGUUGCUGAUAGGCGCAACUAUUGCUGCUGAUGUGAGCGACUGGAAAACAGGCGAAGUCACCGGCGAGGUCGUCGAGGGAAGAAAGGACUUCCCAUGUUACUCACUUUCUCGGGAUAACUAUACUUGUAGUGCAUGUAUUCAACUACACGAUUCAUGUGCAUGGUGUGGUGCUCCUCUUUUUGAUGCAAAGAAGCAGUAUGCAAGAUGCGACAAUCGAGCCAGACUUCUUGAACAUGGUUGCCCAGAGUCGCAUAUUGAAGACCCCCAAACAGUUCUUGAAGUGGAAAGGGACGAACCGUUGUCCGACAAGGGGCAAGUCGAGAACGAAGAUGAUGCAGUUCAACUGAAACCACAGGAGAUGUUUGUCGAGAUCAGACCGAAAUCACGCGUCCGUUUCAAUGUAACUUACCGCCAAGCCGUGGACUAUCCUGUUGAUCUUUAUUAUCUUAUGGAUUUGUCUUAUUCAAUGAAGGACGACAAGCAGAAGCUUUCUGAGCUGGGAGAUUUGCUUGCUGUUCGCAUGCGCAACAUCACUAAGAAUUUCCGGCUCGGUUUUGGCUCCUUCAUCGACAAAAAAUUGAUGCCUUUCAUUGAUCCAAGAAUCGAAAAGCAAAAGUCUCCGUGUGCUGAACCCUGUGCUGAGCCAUAUGGAUUUAAACAUCAGAUGACUCUUACCACUAACACCGAGAAGUUCAAGGCUGAAGUAGACAAAGCAGAGAUUUCUGGUAAUCUGGAUGCACCUGAAGGUGGUUUCGAUGCGGUUGUACAGGCUCUGGCGUGUAACAGUAAAAUUGGCUGGAGAGAGCGUGCUCGUAAAAUGAUUGUCUUUUCUACUGAUGCUGGGUUCCAUUUUGCUGGAGACGGAAGGUUAGCGGGCGUCGUGGAACCGAAUGAUGGAGAAUGCCACCUUGACCGUGAUGGGUAUUACACAGAAACUCUUAAGCAGGACUAUCCAUCGAUUGCUCUCCUCCAUCAAAUGAUCAAGGAUAGGAAAGCAAAUAUAAUUUUUGCUGUUACAAAGGGAAAUCAUGAUUUGUAUACACAGCUCUCCGAUUCCCUCCCUGAUGUGUCGUCAUCUGUCGGUAUUCUUGAAACUGAUUCACGAAACAUUGUCGACUUGAUUGAAGGAGAAUACCUGAAAAUCAGUGAGAAAAUCAUCAUGGUAGACAAUGCCAAUGCCAGCGAUGGUCUGAAGAUUACAUAUCGUAGUAUGUGUCUUGAUGGAACUACGCUCCGUGACACGAACGUCUGUGAAGGUAUCCGUGUAGGGGAUGAAGUACAAUUUGAAGUGACUCUCGAAGCAACUCAUUGCGUUGAGAAGAGAGAUUUCGUGUUACGCAUCGGGCCUUCUGGAUUAGACGAAACACUUAUUGUCAACGUGAAGGUCCUCUGUGACUGCGACUGUGAACAGGAGGAUCGCAUAGUUGAAAAUGCUGAAGAAUGUCACGGUGGCGAUAUGGUAUGCGGCGUUUGUCGUUGCAAAGGUGGUAACGUAGGUCGCUACUGUGAAUGCAAUCGUCCAGGAAUGAGCACGGCUGCGCUGAAUGAGAAGUGCAAACGCACCAAUGAGUCAGCAAUCUGCGAAGGACGUGGAGUAUGUAACUGCGGCCGUUGCGAAUGUAAUCCUCGCCAGAACCCCGAGGAACAAAUUUCUGGAGAAUUCUGCGAGUGCGAUAAUUUCAACUGUCCUCGUCAUGAUCGCAAAAUUUGUGCCGAACAUGGAGAAUGUAAUUGUGGACAAUGCAUCUGUGCGCCAGGGUGGACAGGCAGAGCAUGUGAAUGUCCAAUUAGCCAGGACUCCUGUAUGUCGGCGAAUGGUAAGAUAUGUAACGGCAAAGGAGAGUGCAUUUGUGGACGUUGCCGUUGCUUCGAUGGUCCUGACGGGAACCGUUACUCGGGUGCCAAAUGCGAGAUCUGCCCAACUUGUCCCACGAAAUGUAUCGAGUACAAGCCAUGCGUUAUGUGUCAACAAUGGGGAACUGGUCCGUACGAUGAAGAGCGCUGCGCGGAGUGUCCCUUUAAAGUUAUUCCUGUCGAAGAGCUACCUGAGUUGAACGAAACGACUGCCUGUCAGUUUGUUGAUCCAGCUGAUGACUGCACAUUCUACUACUUAUACUAUUAUGACGAAGCUACGGACAAUGCUACUGUUUGGGUUCGCGAACAUAAAGAUUGCCCGCCUCCUGUGCCAGUUUUAGCGAUAGUGCUAGGUGUGAUAGCAGGAAUUGUGAUCCUCGGACUAAUUCUCCUUCUCGUGUGGAAACUGCUCACUGUUCUGCACGACCGCGCAGAGUACGCGAAAUUUAACAACGAGCGACUUAUGGCCAAAUGGGACACGAAUGAGAAUCCUAUCUACAAACAAGCCACUACCACGUUCAGGAAUCCCGUUUAUGCUGGCAACAAAAAUAAGGGAUUAUAG